GAUAAAUUAAAUGUUAUCAUCUUAUUGGACGGCAUGAAUCAGUAGAUGAAGACCAUAUGAUAAUUUUGAGAGAGAGAGAGAGAGAGAGAUGAAGGCAGAAGAAGGAGUGGUAUCUGUUUCUCUGUUCAUGGUAAAGCAAGAGAAAGGAAGGGUUGCCUUUAGGAUCUUUGCAACUACAGUAUUUGCAGGGAUAUGUCUGAUAUGGACAUACAGAAUGCUGCACAUACCAAGAGUAGGAGAGCGAGGAAGAUGGGUUUGGAUUGGCAUGCUCAUGGCAGAGCUUUGUUUCGGCCUUUAUUGGAUUUGCACUCAGUCUCUUCGCUGGAAUGUCACCUCAACUCAACCUUUCAAAGACAGGCUCUUAAUAAGGUACGAAGACAAGUUACCAGGAGUGGACAUAUUUGUGUGCACGGCAGACCCCAUAUUAGAACCACCAACUUUGGUGAUCAACACAGUUUUAGCAGUGAUGUCAUACAAUUACUCGACGGAGAAACUGGCUGUUUAUCUCUCCGACGACAGUGGAUCGGACUUGACAUUCUAUGCUCUCCUUGAAGCCUCUCAAUUUGCUAAAUAUUGGAUCCCAUUUUGUAAAACAAAUAAAAUCCAACCAUUAUCUCCUGAGGCAUAUUUUGCACGUAAUAGUAAUGCGCAAGAUAUCAUACAUCCUCAAGAAUGGUCAACUGUUAAGAAACUCUACGAAGAAAUGAAGAAGCGGAUCGAAUCAACAGUGGAAAGAGGUAACAUUUUGAAGGAAAUGAGAGACCAACAUAAAGGAUUCUCAGAAUGGAACAACAAUGUAACGAAGAAAGAUCACCAACCCAUUGUGCAGAUUGUUAUUGAUGGAAGGGAUGAAACUGCUGUAGAUAGCAACGGAUGUCGAAUGCCGACACUAGUAUACUUGGCAAGAGAGAAGAGACCCCAGUAUCCUCAUCACUUCAAAGCUGGAGCCAUGAAUGCUUUGAUACGAGUGUCAUCAGUGAUAAGCGAUGGACCGAUCAUUCUCAAUCUAGAUUGUGAUAUGUACGCAAAUGAUUCAGAUACAAUCUUAGAAGUACUAUGUUACUUCAUGGAUGAGGAGAAAGGCCAUGAAAUUGCUUACGUGCAACAUCCUCAAGUCUUUGAAAAUAUCACCAAGAAUGAUCUCUAUGGACUUUCAUUUAAAGUCAUUAAUAAGGUUGAGAAUGCCGGCAUGAGUGGACAUGGUGCAACACCUUAUUGUGGCACUGGAUGCUUCCAUAGAAGAGAAACCCUUUGUGGGAAAAAGUACUCUGAGGACAGAAAAUUAAAAUUGAACAUUGAUUCUGAAAAGAAAGAUGUAAAACCCAAAAAUGAGCUAGAAGAGGCAGCAAAAGUUGUUGCUAGUUGCAGUUAUGAGGAAAACACUCUUUGGGGCAAAGAGAUGGGGUUACUAUAUGGGUGUCCAGUUGAAGACGUAAUUACAGGCUUGACAAUCCAAUGCCGGGGAUGGAAAUCAGUUAAUUACUUUCCGCAAAAGGCAGCCUUCUUGGGUCUAGCUCCAAAUACCUUAGAAGUGGCUUUAAUGCAGUACAGGAGGUGGUCCGAAGGAUUGUUUCAGAUUUUCAUUUCCAAGUAUUGCCCUUUUAUAUACGGCCAUGGCAAGUUAAAAUUAGGUGCACAAUUGGGAUAUUGUGCUUAUUUUUUAUGGGCUCCCCUUUCCUUGCCGACACUAUACUAUGUCAUUGUUCCUCCUCUUUGCAUGCUCCACGGCAUUCCUUUAUUCCCUCAGGUGUCAAGCCAAUGGUUUGUACCCUUUGCAUACGUUUUCCUGUCCAGGAUUUUCUACAGCACGGGGGAGGAUUUGUUUUGUGGAAGCACAGUUAAAGCUUGGUGGAACCUUCAAAGAAUGUGGCUGAUCCGAAGAACAACAGCCUUUUUCUUCGCGUUCAUCGACACAAUCGCCAAACAAUUAGGCUUGUCACAGACAGGAUUCAGCAUUACGCCUAAAGUGGUGACCGAUGAUUUGCUAAAGAGGUACGAGCAAGAGGUCAUAGAGUUCGGAAGCUCGAGCACAAUGUUCACCAUUGUAGCAACACUAGCAAUGUUGAACCUUUUCAGUUUAGUUGGGGUAAUGGCGAAGAGGGUCAUUGCCUUGGAGGCUAUAGAAUUGUUGGUACCCCAAGUUGUUCUGUGUGGGCUUGUGGUUAUGGUUAAUUUGCCUGUGUACCAAGCUCUCUUCUUCCGCCAUGACAAGGGGCGUAUGCCCCGGGAAGUUAUGCUCAAGUCCAUUGUUAUAGCUUCUUUUGCAUGCCUGAUGCCUGUGAAUUAGAAAGAAUGUACGUGAUACUUCGUUAGCUUUAACAUUUUUUUCAAUGAAUAAACUUUAAUACUUGUAUCAUGGCUGGCUUGAAUUGCCAAAAACUAUAACUGAUGUGUCACAUAUGUAAGGCCUAAACUCUAAUUGGUAUCCGAUGAACAUUGAACUAGUUGGAAAACUAGUAGAAUUGAACAUUGAUUCUUUUCUUUCUUUU